AUGGUCUCAACUCCUAAAUUUUCAGCACAUGUUGAGCAUGUUGAAUUAUGGGGUGUGAAGAAUGAACUACUGGAUCACUUGGUUGACUCUCUUCCUCCACCCUCUUCACCAUUGCUCUCACGAUUUACAUCACUGAAACUCCAUGAAAUCGAAGGCCUACUGGUUCUGCCACAAGGGUUACUCCCACACCUUACUUGCCUUGAAUCACUCUCCAUAGACCGCUGCAAAGACUUCACGACUCUGUCUCCAGCUGUUAUUCAACACCUCACUUCCCUCCAAAGGCUCGAGCUUAGCAGUUGUCCCUGUCUCGCAAGUUGGAAGGGUGGCUACGAUCAUGGUGGUGAUGAGAAGAAGAACAAGAUGACGAUGAUGCCAAUGUGUGCCCUCCCAUGCCUGCAUUCAUUGCGUUUCUUUAAUCUUCCGAAGUUGCUACAUCUACCGGAGUGGCUACGCCAUUCCUCAAAUUUGCAAAAGCUUCAGAUGAAUGAUUGUGUCGCCCUGAAGGGUUUACCAGAGUGGCUCACAAAGCUCGCCGCCGUGAAGUCUCUGGAAGUAAACUCGUGUGGUGAUCUAUCAACGAGAUGCAGAGGCCAAACAGCUCUGGACUGGCCCUACAUUGCUCAAAUCCCAAAUAUUGAAGUUGAUGAUCGAGUGAUUCAAAAGGACGGCUGCUACUUGGGAUUAGAUCAAGGACAAGGAGAAGGUAAUAGUGAGGACGAAGACGACGAUGAAGAAGAAGAAGAAGAAGAAGAGUCUGCUCAGGACAAGUUAGCAAAUGGCUUUGCAAGGCUGACUUGCGGCCUAUUCAGGAGAUGUUUUCUCUGCUAA